AUGGAGUACGUUGACCUCGGAGCCGAGGCAACUCGCAUUUUCCAGGUAUUCACCUUACUGGCACAGGACUCUGAGCAGUCCAAGGCAGUCUUCCACCAGGCAAUCUUGGACACUCUGAAUUCUGUUAAACUGGCAGGCGGGGACAAGUACAGUCGUAUUUGGGUCCUGUACACCAUUGUUACUCCGGCAGCUAAGCGAGCAUUUGGCAUCGAAUCUCCGGCAUACAACGAGACCAAAGAUGUUUGGUACUACCUGGCAUCCAAUCCCUCCGAGAGAUUUGAUGUUGUUGCAAUGAUUGGCACCUUUGGCAUUCCUCGACCUGUGCAGGAGAGUUUCGGCAUCCUGCAAACCAUGACACCUCCACCGGCACCCCAGGCACACACUCCAGCAGCAAGCUUGUCAAGCACUGCUUGGCAAGCUUUUGCAGAUAACCUUGCAUCUGCACCUCGUGAGGCACCUAAUCCAGCAUACCAAAUCCCACUGGCACCAGUCAUUCGAGCAGCACCGGCACCUCAAGCACCUCCUGCUCCUCUGACAUACCCUAGACCUCCUGAUGCUUGGGCAGCUCCUACACCUGUGGCAACGCCUUCUUCCCAGGCACGCCAGGCAGCUCCUGCACCUCCUGCACCUCCUGUUCCGGCAGCUCCUGGUCAGGCACCUCCUAGUCAGGCAGCCUCGGCUCCAGCAAACCAGGCAUCUCAGGCACCCACCGCUGCAACUCAAGCAUCUCAAGCAACUCCUGCUGCAGCAAUUUGCUCAUCCCAGGCAUCCGCAAAUCCUGUCUUGUGUCUGGCACCCAAACCAAAGAGUGACAGCCCUUGCAUUCUGGCAUGGUUCGUUAGUCAUACUGGCAGAGUGCAAGAGUACAUCUACUCGCUGCCUCCUGGCUGCGACUAUGGCUUGCACAUCUGGCCUUGCGUUUUGAGACUCCAGAAGAUUCUGAGUAUCACCAUUUCUGGCGAUGGCAGGCAGAUGAGAUUCAGGACAUACCACAAUCCGCCCAGCCGUGGUCUUAGUCCUGUUAGUGUGGCAUUGGAGGCAGAGCUGGCACUUCUCCGUGCCGAUGAUGUCUACUGGAUGUGGAUUGAGGAGUGCAUUCGGAGAAAUGCCAUCUCUGUGGUACUGGCAAGACUUAUGUUGCAGCUGCUAUGGCAAACAUAG